CCGACGUCAGUGUCAGCUGUUUUUACACAACAUGCCCUCAUGCCGGCAGGACAUACCCAAUAACAUUAGAUUGUGAUGAGAAGAAUCAGUCCUCUUGUCGACAACUGCUUAUCGAGUAUCGACUAACCAUCGGAUCGGGUGGAAGCUUUAACAGUGGCAGUAAGCAGGCUUGACUCCCGUAUAGUGCAUUUCCACGCCCAGCUCUACUCGCCUUCAAUCGGAUGAAAUCGUAGCUGGCAGUCGUUCAGAUAAGUUUUGUCCACAUCCAUGGUGGUGAACCUAGCUGAUGGAAAGGAACGCUGUCAAACAGCUCAACAUGGUCUCCAGGCUUCCCAAGUUUGCUUCCCAUCCCUCGGUCACCACCAUGACCCCCCUUCCCAAAGGAUCUGCCCUCCCAGUUUCCUCCAUGGAGUCUAAAGUUGGAUCUAUAGGCAGGCACACUAGUUUGACACGUGUGCCAUCCCUAAAUUGGAGAAAGGGUGAAGAGGACAGUGGAAAUAAAGUCCAGCACUCUGGCUGCUUGGAUGAGGAGAGUAGUAUAACUAUAGAUUCUCAGUCCCCAGUGAUGGUGACUAAAAAUCCUUCCCCUGCAGCUACAGUUAAAUGUAAGAGUGCAGUCCCAACUUCACAAAGUAGCUGUCCCAGGAGUAUACCCCAGCCUAGCAAAACCAUUCCCCGCAUGACUACUCCCAAACGCCCCUCCACAGGGAAUCCCCUCUAUAAUGGUAUAGCUACUCUGCAUGGAAGUAAUGGUGGUGGUAAUGGGCGUUAUGGCUCCUCAGGGCCAUGUCUUGGUCAUGUAUCCCAACAAAAAACCCUGCAGGGCAAACUGUCCCUCCCCAACGACAGCAUCAAGUCUUCCUCUAAAGAGAGCAUAGUGCACUCUCAGAGUUUCACCCACUUCAAGAGGGCAGCCUGCUCCACCAGCCCACCCAUGACCCGUUCCUUCUCCUUUAACAAAGCUGCAGAGCUUGCUAAAGAACUCCCCAGACCUUUAGUAAAAUCUCCAGUGGCUAGAUCACCCCUCAUUCAGCAAAAUCCAGUAUUAUCUGAAGGGAAAGUUGGUAAAUAUGGGAUUGCAAGGCCCUCUGUAACUACUACUGAUCAUCCUUUGCCAACGACCACAAUAAAGAAAUCACUUUUACCCAGCUGCUCAGGUAAAAAACCAUCUAUGCUCAGUUAUAGACUUACUCGACCAACACUCAACAAACAUCUCCGUCCUGUUGUCCCUGAAACUGUCCAAAAAGAAGCCGAAUUGAGUCAAAAUAUCCAAGAUCCCACAGAGAUAGUAGAAACCAGUUUAGAACCAACCACCAACAAUGAAAGUAUUGAAGUUACCCCAAAUGAGACCUCAUUUGAAGUAAAGGAAGUUGAAGGCAGUCUGGUCCCUUUCUUGGAGGUUUUGGACGUUAUGUCGCUAUCAUCGUCCUCCUCUGUGGAGAAUAAUGAUACUAGUGAAGAGUACAUGGAUGACUUUGAUAAUCUCGGUAAUGGAGGUGAGACCCUAUCGCUGCCUGUCCUUAAAAAAGGGUUAGACUACUUUGGACUAUGUACAGAUGCCAAUACUCAAAUCACCAAGUGCAAUGAGGAAUCAUCGCUGACCAACCUACACACCUUCUUGUCUGAAUCGGUUGACUGGGCAGGAAUGGGACUCGCAGCUGGUAAAGAUGACUUUGUACAUGGGACAUCUCCUACAGGCGAUUUCCCUCAUGGCUCGUCUCUGGACUUGUCGCCCUCAGACAGUUCUGGAGGGACUUACAUGUGGGAUGAAGAGGGAAUGGAGGCACUGGCAGACACUGGACACCCCUGUGGAAGCUUUGGCUCUGAUCUCAACAGCAUUGACAUUCUCAAAAACCUGGAGAAUGUGGAGUCAUGUGACCUGGAGGAUGAUGAUCUCAUGUUGGAUUUGGACUUGUCUGAAGAUACAUCAUUACACAGCGAUACUGAUGGGAUGUCACCUUAUGAGUGCUCAGAAAAAGAAGGCUGGCCCAUUCAGGGGAGACGUCAGCAAUGCUGGGGCAGAUGUGAAAACAGAACUUCCAUUUUCCAGUCAUUUGACGGAUUUAGGGGACAGGGGCUGGAUAGGUCAAUGUCAGAUCACGCAACACUGGAUGAGCUGACGCUGAAACUCAUGGUUCAAGACUGCUCUUCUUUCACACAACAGCUGCUUCAACUGAAGACACUGCUUCAGAUGGAGACAGAUGGUUCAGUUGAAGAGAGUUUAGAGGUUUAUACUCCAAAAUCCACUGACCAAUCUUUACUUGAUCAGAAGGUGGCACUGCUUCUGAAAGAGGUUCAAGAACUGAGAAAUGAGCUCAGAAGCAAAGACAGGAUGAUUGCAGAACUUUCCCAACAGCUGUCUUCUCCGGUUGAGGAUAUGCAGUGCCACUGCCUGCAGGGGUCAGAGGCUUACAAGGAGUCAGCGGAGCACCAGGACAAGGAUACUCAAACCCUGCGGAGGCCACAUAAUGGCAUGUUGCUUGCCCCUAUCCUCUCUUCUUGGCAACACUCACAGCGGGGGAGUGUGCAGCCAUGUGCGCCACGUCACCACAGACAGAGAGUGGAGCAUCUAGUUCAUUACUUCAGAGACACUGCGUGCUUCAGAUACUACAGACUCCCAGAUUCUUACCGCUCCACAACCAUGAAGGACUGUCAAGUCCAACCUCUACAGAGGCCCAUUGUGACAGUUUGGAUGCCGAGCUUAGUCACCACCCACUGACGCCCACGUCCUGCUCUUCAGACCUACAAAGUCCCAUUGCUGUUGAGACUACCCCAAAUUGUACUUUACAAACGGUAACUAUAUCUGCUGAUAGCACUGCUGCCUCCUCUUCCAGAACUUUUCAGAGCUCUGAUCCUGCUGAGCUCGACCUCGCAAGCAGCCGGCUUAAAAUCAAUCAGCCAACAAGCCCACCAGCUUCUGCUAGCUUUUGCUGUGAGCUAGAGAAAGGUAUACAAAAACGUCCUUUAAGAAGAAGCAGUUUUUCAACCCUACAGCCACCGACCUAUACUAAGAAAGCUUCAACACUCAUCAAGCCCCAGGAGGUACAGCAGGUCAGUGUGCACAACGGGGCCCUAGGUAGGGUAGGAGCCACAGGUCUAUCCAGACCAAGACAUCAACUUUUACCAGCUUCUGGACUACCCUGCAUUAACCCAGCCCGACAGACUACCAUGGACA